AUGUCCAAUAUCUUAUCUGUGUUCAAUCCACCGCCAUCUAGAGACAUUCCCGAAAAAAACAUUGAGGCUUGUUUACCAUGCACUGCAAUACAAUCCGCGGUGGCAAUACUUGGAGGAUUAUAUCUAAGUUCACCAAACCAAUUCAAGGAUAAAACAACUGGCAAGAUUGACGUUAUCAAGAAUCCGCUCUGGUGGCAAAAAUCGGUCCGUGGAGCAGGAAUCAUUUUGUUUGCAUUGGGCGCAUAUCGUGCUGGUGAAGUUGUUCAAAUAUUGUAUCAAAAGAGAUUCAAGUGA